UUUGAGUUGGGCAGAGUGUUGUCAGUAGACGAACGACUUUUGGGCGAGCAAGAUCACCAUGAGCUUUCAGAAUAGCCUAGGAAUUUUGCUUUUGGCAUUGCUUGCUCCUGCGUUGAUAACAGCCUAUGGAGAUCAGAGUCGCCAUCGAUUGUAUUUGCAGUCGGAUCAAGCCAUACAAACUAUUAGCAAUCAGCUGGUUGUACAGGCAAUUGAACUGGUGGACUAUGUGGUAGAAGAUCUCCUUGUGUUGGACUCCCAGAACUCAAUUCUUCUGGGCUAUUUAGAUCGGUUCGAUGUCUUUACUGCCGUCAAUGCAAAUCACACAGAGCUGAAGCUGAAUGCCUUUUAUGAAGUGAUUGAGGACUAUCUUGAUUCUGAUACCACCGGGGACCCGCUGAGGACAUCCAGUAUUGAGACCCAGUUGCUUGCACUUUGCCUGCAGCGCAAUGGAUUCGAUCGCUGGAAGCGAACCGUUCAAACCCGAACGGCUCAACUGCAAAAGCUAAUCUACAGAAAGCUGAAGAAGCACCUGGAGUCCAUAGAUCGGGAGGAUCGCUUGGCUGUGGAGCGCAGGUGGAGAAGGAUCCUAACACGUGGAGGUCCCCGAAGAUUGGAGAAACUGAGGGAGUUCGUCAAAUGGCUGGGCAAGUUCAGAGAUUAGCGAGUGACGAGCCCAGUUGAAUGACUUUUUAAGCUAUAAGAUAGGCAAUUAAGUGAUAAGAAUAGUUAUGUAUAAACAUUUCAUAUGUGUGUAAACUAAACAAAAAAUUCGUGGUUUAAUAAUAACCCACCAUUACCUUGAACUUUAUCAGCAAACAGCCUUUGUGCAAAAAGAAAAUUAUUUUUAAAUUACUUAACCUUAUCUGAACUAAAUAAAACGAGAGAUAAAAAUGAUUUCAUGUCAUUAAGUAUAAUUUUCUUCAUUACAAAACAAUUAAAAAA